AUGGCAGCAAUGCCCAUCAGCAGAAUGGAACUGCACCUGUGGAAGUGGUGCUGUGAGACUCACACGUAUUCUGUGGCUGGUGUUGUGUGCCAGACGCUUCCAUCGCUGUCUGAGGCCCAGCCCUCUGCUUUCGAUAAGGAGACAUCGGUGGCCGCAAAGGCAUCACCUUCUGACAAGCCCGUCAAGGAGUUUUCGAAUACCAACAGGUACCAUGUGCCGCUGCAGUUCACGGACGCCUUUGAGACAGAGUGGAAAUGCAGGGAGGUUGGCAUGAGGGGUGCAGAUGGAUUCCGGGGGCUCUCAGUGGACAGAAAGGGGGAGGAGUAUACGGUGACCAGCAGAUGGGCAUCCAUUCCCCAGUGGGAGGCGUAUUCAUGCAGCCCAGUGGCUCGAAGAAGCCAUCUGCCUCUGGGCGUCUGGCAGUAUGUGCCGAAGAAGGGCGAUGGGUUCCCUGACGACUUCAUUCCCUUCAAGGACAUGACCCAGCCGGUGAACGCAAAGUACUGA